AUGCAGGACCCCGUUGCCAGAACAGCUUCUCCCUAUCCUGACCCAACCAACAAAGGCCCCAAAUCCCAAGCCCAAGCCUCUCUCCAGUCAGAUCUUCGCAAAAUGGUUUACUCAAACGUCAACAAGACUCCCCUUCACCCCGGCGGUGUUGCUCCCCACCAGGAGCACACUGAACUCGAGGAGGAGCUUCACGAGACUGCCCACAUCGACUAUGACCGCGUCGCCAUUGUUCCCAAUGCCUCUGUUCCUGCUCUCUACGAAGAUGCCCUCGUGUACGAGACUGGUUCCGCCAUCACAUCCAGCGGUGCUUUGACUGCCUACUCCGGCAAGAAGACCGGCCGCUCACCACUCGACAAGCGUAUCGUUGAGGAGCCUUCCUCCAAAGACGAUAUUUGGUGGGGACCCGUCAACAAGCCUAUGACGCCCGAGGUCUGGAAGAUCAACCGCGAACGUGCUGUCGACUACCUGAACACGAGGAAUCGCAUCUACGUCGUCGAUGGCUUCGCCGGCUGGGAUGAGAAGUACCGCAUCCGCGUCCGUGUCAUCUGUGCCCGUGCCUACCAUGCCCUCUUCAUGAGGAACAUGCUCAUCCGCCCCUCGCGUGAGGAGCUUGCCAACUUCCACCCCGACUACACCAUCUACAACGCCGGCUCUUUCCCUGCCAACAGGUACACCGAGGGUAUGACCUCGGCCACUUCGGUUGCCAUCAACUUCGCCGAGAAGGAGAUGGUCAUCCUCGGUACUGAGUACGCCGGUGAGAUGAAGAAGGGUGUCUUCACCGUCCUCUUCUACGAGAUGCCCGUCAAGCACAACGUCCUGACCCUGCACUCUUCGGCCAACGAGGGCAAGAACGGCGAUGUCACCCUCUUCUUCGGUCUGUCCGGCACCGGCAAGACCACCCUGUCUGCCGACCCUCAGCGUGCCCUGAUCGGUGACGACGAGCACUGCUGGAGCGACCGUGGCGUCUUCAACAUUGAGGGCGGCUGCUACGCCAAGACGAUCGGCCUGUCCGCCGAGAAGGAACCCGAUAUCUUCGGCGCCAUCCGCUUCGGCUCCGUCCUCGAGAACGUCGUGUUCGACCCCGAGACCCGUGCUGUCGACUACGACGACUCCACCCUGACCGAGAACACGCGUUGCGCCUACCCCAUCGAGUACAUCAGCAACGCCAAGAUCCCCUGCAUCUCCGACUCGCACCCCACCAACAUUAUCCUCCUGACGUGCGACGCCCGCGGUGUCCUGCCUCCCAUCUCCAAGCUCGACCGUUCGCAGACCAUGUUCCACUUCAUCUCUGGCUACACCUCCAAGAUGGCCGGUACCGAGGACGGCGUCACCGAGCCCCAGGCCACCUUCUCCUCGUGCUUCGCCCAGCCCUUCCUUGCGCUGCACCCCAUGCGCUACGCCAAGAUGCUUGCCGACAAAAUCGAGACCCACAAGGCCAACGCCUGGCUCCUCAACACCGGCUGGGUCGGUGCCGGUGCCACCCAGGGCGGCAAGCGUUGCCCUCUCAAGUACACUCGUGCCAUUCUCGACGCCAUCCACUCUGGCGAGCUCGCCAACGUCGAGUACGAGAACUACGAGGUCUUCAACCUGCAGGUCCCCAAGACGUGCCCCAACGUCCCCUCGGAGCUGCUCAACCCCAGCAACGCCUGGACCGCCGGCGCCGACAGCUUCAGCACCGAGGUCAAGAAGCUCGGCGGCCUGUUCGUGGAGAACUUCAAGAAGUACGAGAGCGAGGCGACCGAGGAUGUCAUCAAGGCCGGUCCCGUCAUUUGA